AUGGCAAGACUUCAGCGAUUAUAUUCUGGAACAUCAAUUAAAGAUUACGAAGAAUAGUGAGUUUAUGUAUAAUGCAUCAUAGAUUUCGUGGCCUUCUAGAGCUCCAAAAAAUACAUAUAUAAACAAAAUAGAAUAUUCAUAUGAAUUUCCUGUUAUCGCUAUGUGAUACUAUGGCCAAGAUUUUUUCGAUCAUUUUUUGAGAAAUUUUUGAAAUAUGUAAAAUCGGGGGAAGAAUGUGGCUCCCGUGUGAGCGCUAGCGGAUAGUUAUACUAACUUCUACUGAGCGGAAGCUCGAGCUCCGCCCGUAUUUUAUUCAUAAAUUUUGUACGCCGUUUUAGCUCAAAUUGCUCCACGUGGUUUUUUCUUCUAAAAUCACGGAAAAAAACCCCAGAAAAAAAUAAAAAGAAGUAGAAUCAAAAAGGAAUAAAAGUGAGAGGAAGGGCCUCGACGCACAGAAAUUUGUACAGGGGACGAACGCAAUGUUUUUCUCCCACAAAAUGUCAAAAAGCAAUUGGGGAGAGUGAAAGAGACGAAAAGAUAUUGGAAUCGCGCGUGAUCUACAGCAAGUUAAAUUUGCGGGUCUAGGAUUUGUGAAAUCUGAAAAAAUAGGAUUCAGCUUGAUUUUUGAGAAUUCAUUCUUGAAUUCUUCUUGAAUGUUCCGUGUGCUAAGCGACUGAAAUUAAUCCUCGAUUUUUUUCGAAACAAAAAUAUUCUUAUCAACCGGAAUUUCAAAAAUUAUGGAUUUUCAGACCCACAAUUUUCAAUGUACCUUUGAUCUAUGUUCCUCGAGAAUUAUAAUCAAAAUUCAGAUGGCACAGUUCCAGCUUUUUUUUAAUCCACGUGUCCAAAACUGUAGAUCUUCAAAAAAUUCAACUUUUUUUCAGCCUGGACUUUGAUGAAGAACCCCAGGCAAGAACAGAUCAUGAAAGUAUCUCAAUGUCAAAAGUUCCGGUAAGUCUUUAAUUUCUGAUUCAAAAAAAAAAAGAAAACAUAUCGAAAAAAGUAGUUUCUUGGCAAAUAAAAAAUUGUGCUGUCAGUUUCACAUUGCUCUUCUUCUUCUUCUUGACUUGAAAAAAAAAUAAAAUGAAUUCAUUUUUAUUUAUUUUUUUUUGUGAGAAAAAAAAUGAGAAUGAAAAUGAAAACACAGAAUUGUGCAGCUAGAAGUGUUGAGCUGGGUUAUUGAACCGCGAAAAAUGAGAGGUCUCUCAAUUUUCAGGUUCUCCGCACUUUCUCAGACAUUUUUGUUACUUGUGUGAAAUUUUUAUGAGCACAAUAAAUAGUAAAGAUUAAAGAAAACAAAAAAAUUUGUUUUUUCAGAACUUGAGAAAAAUGUGUUUUUUUCUAGAGCUCUUGUCAAAAAAAAACAAUUUUUAUUUUCAGAUUCAUCAUCAUGGUCGAUUUCGAAGUGCAAUUCCAAUUAUGCCACUUUCGCUAGCUUGUCUUUGUUUUCUUAUGAAUGUUUUCCUUCCAGGCUCAGGUAAGAAUUUGUGAAAUUACAGAUUUUCGCGUGAAAUUUUUUUAAAGGAAUUUUCCAUUUUCCAGGAACUCUUCUCGGUGGAAUUUCGGUAUUAUGUUGUUCAGAUCCACGUGGCAGAUCGAAACCCAACUGUAUUUGUUGGAACACAACAGCCGCAAUUCUUCAAUUCCUCAGUGCUCCUUUGAUAAUUGGAAUAAUCUGGUCAAUUAUUUGGGGUGUCAUGUUCAUUCAAAUUGCUCGAAAAUGGUUCAUUUCAGAUUUGGAUCAUCGUGCCGACUUCUUAUCGUGUUGUCCGUGCAGUUCUUGGUGA